AUUGCGUUUAUAUUCACAUUAAUUCUAUAUGUCAUAUAUAUGUGUAAAUGAUGUACUGCUGGUGUGACACUUUAUUGUAGUUUAAUCCCAGUCAUAUGAACUAAGACAUUAAUGUUCAUCAACAUAGCGCAAAGUACUUAUACUCAUUGCUCAAACUAUGGGUAUAUCUAAAGAAGUUCUAUCUUUUGCUAAUACGGCAUAUUUGCUGGAAGCCGCAGGAAAGAAGCAUCUAGAGGAAGCAAAAGACACACCAGCAGAGUCUGAUGACGGCCCUGUACUAGAGACUGCUCCUAAAUCAUUUGAUGAUCUUGAAUCAUGGCGCCGCGAACGUCUUGCGGAUAUAAGGAGGAAGCGCAUGAAUGCUCGUAAAUAUAUGGAAGAUGGACAUGGCAAAGUAGAUGUUGUAACCGAUGAAAAGGAAGUUAUUAAUAUCUGCAACUCGCACAAGCGUGUUAUUUGCCACUUCUAUAAUGACGAAUUCACUCGUUGCAAAAUACUGCAUCGCCAUUUAAGUGAUCUUGCUGCCAAGCACUUGGAAGUUAAAUUUAUCAUGAUUGAGGCGUCAAAAUCACCAUUCUUCACUCAGAAGCUGCAGAUGCAAGUGCUACCAACCAUGAUUAGUGUCAUUGAUGGGAACAUAUCCCACGUUUUCAUCGGUUUUGAAGAGUUCAAAGGUGACAUGAUAACGUUGGACAGUUUACGAGCAGGGCUUCUAAAACGGGGAGCAAUAACCACUGAGUGUUGUGACACAUUAGAUGAAAAUGGUGUAUCUGAAGAUUCAGACUAAUCACGUGGUUUAUAAUUUAUUAGGCAAUGU